AUAGUGGACGUGUUGGAUUUUAUUUGCGGGUAACAGCGGUAGAAGAUUGGUGUGAACGCGAUUUCCCCGGAUAUUAUACUUAUGAUAUUGGACCGAUGGAACGAUCUCAUAUUAUUCCCGCGACAACAAGUAAUUCUGAACCGUUGGAAAUUCAACAUGAUUGUACAUAUCUUGUACAUAUGCAUUCAAUACCAUAUCCUUAUGGUGAUCCAAAUUUUGCUACCGGUAUAAAGUAUAUGGUACCUACAUGUAUUGAAGGAUACUGUAGCUGUGCUAAUCAAAAUGCUGUACCAGUAGCUGAAAAUGUAUCAGUUCGAACAUUUCAAAAAGGUGGCACUAUAAAAGCAGCUGUUAGUUGGAUAUAUCCCGCUAUCAGCGGUCAUACGCAUCAGUUUCGAUUUGAUCUCAGCGAAAGAUUUUAUCAUAACCAUCUCAGUUUCGCUAAUUCAAAUGCAUUCAAAUAUCGUAUCGCUGAUAUGCCAUCACAUGUUGUCUAUGCUGAAGAGAAUGUAACAUCGCUUUCAACUGUAUUACCUAUCGAUUUAGCACCAAAUGAGGAAUAUAGAUUGACAAUUUUUGCAAUGAAUGACCAGUUGUGUCACAGCGAUGAUGUCACUGUCCCAUUUUUUACUGGGCUAAUUUUGACCGAUGAUAGUACAUUACCAGUUGGCAGUGAUAAUCAUACCGAAGAUUUCUAUCAAAAAGAAUCAUACAAUGUAACCGAUGUGGAAAAUACCGAUAAGAAACCACCACUAAUUAACGAAAUACCAGAAAAAUCCCUUUAUUCACCCAUAAUUAUUUUGGCGACAACAUUUGCGCUUGUAACAGCUAUUUUAAUGGCUUGUUGUAUUGCAUAUUGUUUGGUGCGGAAAUUUUAUAAAAAUGGCAAAUCACAAAUUGAAAAGUCAUCAGUUAUACCUUGGGCAAUGGCUCAUUCCAGCCAUUCAAUGCUCGAAACAAACAUUCUCUAUCGUCAAACUAACAAUUUAGCUUCACAAAUUAACUUCGAAAUACCAUUUAAUCAAAUUCAGGUUGGAGGUAUCAUCGGACAAGGUGCAUUUGGUACCGUAUGUAUGGGUACAGCAUAUGGUGUAGAAGGUUAUAUUGGUCCAACAACAGUUGCCGUUAAACAAUUAAAAGCUAAUGCUGAUGAGAAUGAAAGGCGUGAAUUUUUAGCUGAAAUGGAUAUUAUGAAACAGGUUGGAAGACAUCCAAAUAUUGUUGCAAUGUAUGGUUGUUGUACAGAACCAAAUCAUCAAUGUAUGAUUAUGGAAUAUGUACCAUUCGGAGAUCUCAAACAUUAUUUGCAAAAUCUUCGAAAGCAAUUUGAUCGAGCGAUGGUAAAUAUGAAAUCAUCAUUUUAUGGUCAUGAUGCGCCAAUUAGUCCAUCAUUACCGCCAUCGAUGCAUUCAUCAUUUCUUUCAAAUUUGGAUGAUAAUUCACCACAUAACGAAACAUACCAUAUGGAUCCUAUUGAAUUGCAAAGUUUUGCUAUUCAAGUUGCUAACGGAAUGGCGCAUAUUGAAUCAUUGGGUAUUGUUCAUCGAGAUUUAGCUGCCCGAAAUAUCCUAGUUGGUCGUGGUAAUCAAUUAAAAAUAAGUGAUUUUGGUUUAUCACGACAUGGUGUUUAUGUUAAAACAAGUAAAGGUGUGAUACCACUUCGAUGGCUAUCAGUUGAAGCCAUUCAACGAAAUAUUUAUUCAACAAAAAGUGAUAUUUGGGCUUAUGGUGUCGUCUUAUGGGAAAUUUGUACUCUUGGCGGUUUUCCAUAUCCAACAGUUAGUGAUAAAGAUCUUCUAAAAUACUUACUUCAGGGUAAUCGCUUAGAGAAACCUGCAUCAUCUAGCAACGAAGUAUAUGAUGUAAUGAUUCAGUGUUGGUCACAUAAUGCAAAUGAUCGGCCAUCAUUUGCAUAUCUUUGUGAACAUCUUAGUGAUUUAAACAAUCAACAAUGUCCAUAUGUUGAAUUUGUUCCCGGUGAUACUCUACCACCACCUGAUGGUUACUGUGAAUUAAUUGGAAGACCAAUGACACAUACCGAUUUGUCAGCAAUUACCGAUUUAGAAACGACGGAAGUUGCUGAUGAGAGAUAA